AUCCUGCGCUGGAGACCCAGCCAGGCCCCGCCGAGAGCCGCGCGCUCGGAUCGCGGCCCCUCGCCCACCCUGCGUCGAGAUGGCCGGUUACCUGCGGGUCCUUCGCUCCCUGCGCACGGCUCCAGGCUGCUCCGGGCCCGCCUGGGCGCCGGCGGCCUUGACCACCCCCAGCCUGCCGGAGCAGCCGCGGCGCCACUAUGCUGACAAGAGGAUCAAGGUGGCGAAGCCGGUGGUGGAGAUGGACGGUGAUGAGAUGACUCGAAUCAUCUGGCAGUUCAUUAAGGAGAAGCUCAUCCUGCCCCAUGUGGAUGUCCAGCUUAAGUAUUUCGAUCUUGGGCUCCCGAACCGCGACCAGACCAAUGACCAGGUCACCAUCGACUCUGCAUUGGCCACCCAGAAGUACAGUGUUGCCGUCAAGUGUGCCACCAUCACUCCCGACGAGGCCCGAGUGGAAGAGUUCAAGUUGAAGAAGAUGUGGAAGAGCCCUAACGGAACCAUCCGGAACAUCCUGGGGGGGACUGUCUUCCGAGAGCCCAUCAUUUGCAAAAACAUCCCCCGCCUCGUACCUGGCUGGACUAAACCCAUCACCAUUGGCAGGCACGCUCAUGGCGAUCAGUACAAGUGCACAGACUUCGUGGUGGAUCGGGCUGGCACGUUCAAGAUGGUCUUCACCCCAAAGGAUGGCAGCAGUGCCAAGGAGUGGGAAGUGUACAACUUUCCUGCGGGUGGCGUGGGCAUGGGCAUGUACAAUACAGACGAGUCCAUCUCGGGCUUUGCCCAUAGCUGCUUCCAGUAUGCCAUCCAGAAGAAGUGGCCGCUGUACAUGAGCACCAAGAACACCAUUCUGAAGGCCUACGAUGGGCGGUUCAAGGACAUCUUCCAGGAGAUCUUUGACAAGCACUAUAAGACCGACUUUGACAAGAACAAGAUCUGGUACGAGCACCGGCUCAUCGAUGACAUGGUGGCUCAGGUGCUGAAGUCCUCAGGUGGCUUUGUUUGGGCCUGUAAGAAUUACGAUGGAGACGUACAGUCGGACAUCUUGGCGCAGGGCUUUGGCUCUCUUGGCCUGAUGACAUCUGUGCUCGUCUGCCCGGAUGGGAAGACAAUUGAGGCAGAGGCUGCUCACGGGACGGUCACCCGCCACUAUCGGGAGCACCAGAAGGGCCGCCCUACCAGCACCAACCCCAUUGCCAGCAUCUUUGCCUGGACUAGGGGCCUGGAGCAUCGGGGCAAGCUAGAUGGGAACCAGGACCUCAUCAGGUUUUCCCAGACCCUGGAGAAGGUGUGCGUGGAAACUGUGGAGGGCGGAGCCAUGACCAAGGACCUGGCAGGCUGCAUCCAUGGCCUUAGCAAUGUGAAGCUGAAUGAACACUACCUGAACACCACAGACUUCCUGGACGCCAUCCAGAACAACCUGGACAGAGCUCUGGGCCAGCCGUAAGGGAGGCGCUGCCUGGCCGCGGUGUGGACCAGCCCUGGUGCUUGGGCCCUCCCCACAUGUGUUAGGGCUGAGCCUCACAGCCCCACUCUCUGGAGGCCUUCCUAGGGGACAAUUGGUUUUUAAUGAGAUGUUUUCAAAAGUCUGAGUGCCUUCCUCCCCUCCUCCCCGUGUGCUUUACCUCAGCCGGUCAGUGUGCUCCGCACCGUCAUUUUUACUGCCUUGAACACAUGGGGUCCUACUUAGCUACUAAAAAGCUCUUCACAAAACUGUCUGUAGUGUGUGUUCCUGAGGGGAAGGGGCAGCUGGGGCAGAGACCCUCAAGUCUCAAGACGUUGCUGCCCAGGGUGGUUUUGGACCAUGAUCCUCAGAUCUCGGCCUCGUGAAUUGAUAGGACUACAGGCACGAAGCACUGGUGCCCAGAUCUGGAUAUUAAUGUUUGGUUGUGUUAAUUUUAACCUCAAUGUCUCUGGGCCUCUAUCUGCCCUUUUCUCUAUUACUAAAAUCAGGUUCCCCAUGUGCCUGCUUUGAAGGGCUAUUGGGUUUGGCAUACUUGGAUGAGAAGGGAGGGGGACCCCUGUAGUCCCGAUCCGUGGAUCCCACACUUGUAUUUUCACCAUGCUUCAGCAAAGCUAGACAAGUGAAGC